GCUGCAGCGAGCGCAGCGCCGCACCAAUUCUCGCACGAGCUCUCUCACUCAACGGUGGGGUUUACGAAGCUCUUGUGGGCGCUUCUUCGGUCGAAAUCCGAGCACUAGAAGCUCCGAAAAAGCAGAGCUCUACAAGGUGGAGAAGUACAGUCGAAACUGCCAAGAAACAUGAUGAACGAAAGGCGCCGCAAGCUUCAGACCAUCCAGGUGGAUCAUUACGACGGCCAGGCCAUCUACAGUGGCAAUGACCUCAUCUAUGAGCUCGGAGGGUAUCUCGGAGGAGGCGCUGCUGGCGUAGUCUACGAGGCUUUCUCGACGCGUACGAAGCAACAUGUAGCCAUCAAGAUAUUGAACCCUGUCGGCUACAAGCUAUUCCCUACUACAUUACUGGCUCGUUGUAUAGUGGCUGUGAAAGGCAAGCCAUUGGUGGCGCUACCGUCGGACGAAGCGGACCUUGACGAUGACGCAGGACAGAGAGCCAAUCAACGCGCGUUUGCAGGAGGAAACCACCGCAUGCGAUCGAAUUUUGGCUCCCCGAAAGGGACCACGGAGCGUAUCCGCGUCGAGAACGUGUGGUGGUUGAUCCAUCCGACGUCCAAACAAGCGAUUGCAGCUUUCGAAGAUCCACACACAGGCCACGUACGAGAACUCACGCUGCCGCAAUGUAUCCAAGUGUGGGGCGAGCAAAUGAGUCAGAGCGAGAGCGACGCAGGACGACAGCAAACAGACCCUGCAGACGUAUACCAAGAAGUCCAAGUCAAGAACCAGACCAUCAAAGUUCCCAAAAUCCCCAAGAAAUUCAUCAAAUUCGCUCACACCCGACGGUCAAUUCAUCGCGAGAUCUCCAACAUGUCGGGACUGGAAUACCACGAGAAUGUGCUGCGCCUGGACGAAGCGUUGGAGCUGGUUCAGGACAGCAAAUGCACUACUUUUCUGGUGCUGGAACUCGCUGGAGGUGGAGAGCUGUUCGACCGGAUCAAGCUGGAUUGCGGCACCAACGAAGAGACCGCACGUCUGUACUUCCGUCAACUCACUUCGGGCGUCGCGUUUUGCCACAAUUCGGGCGUUUGUCAUCGAGAUCUCAAGCCCGAGAACUUGCUCCUCGCCGAUAACGAGGAGCACUCGACGCUCAAGAUCGCGGAUUUCGGGCUAUCGGCCAUUUUCGCCAUCACAGACAGCGAAGUGAGUGGCGGCGCCAAUGGGAAUGGCGUAGACCAGCCAGCUAUUCGACGAUUGCGCUCCGUUGUGGGCUCUCCGCACUACGUGGCGCCUGAAGUUCUCAUGGAUGCUGGUCAAGGAUACGACGGCGCCAAGGCAGAUGCCUGGUCCAUUGGGAUUAUCCUGUACGCGAUGAUUGCGGGCAACCUGCCGUUCGGGAAGGAUCUACUCAAGUGUGUACGCUACGAUCGCUUCCGGAAAUGGUCGUACAAUACCAAGUACAGUGACGACGACCCUACCGACGAAGUGGAGUUCCCGACGUGGUUCUUUCCCGCGCAUUUCUCGAUGGAACUGAAGUCUCUGAUCGCUCAGUUACUCUAUCCGGAUGCCUGUAUGCGGUUGUCAGUGGAGGAAGCGCAACGUCACUUGUGGGUACGUGGCGAGAAGCUCAAGAAGCCUUGUCCGUCAUCGGAAGACGAUCAGCCGAGCAACAGUGCAGUUCUCAACACUCCCGGUCUACCGCCAGCGCCUCAUUCAACGUACAAGAAUCGUGCGAACGUGGCGAUCAACACCUUGCAGGACGGGCUUGAGCUGGGGCAACACAUGCAUCCAAGUCAGCUCGGUUCCGUGUCUCCUCAGGCCAUCACUCGCCUGCUCUCGAAGGCUCCGAGUCCUCAUGGACACGCGUUUCGAUGCCCACCGUCUCCACAGCAAACCCUUCGGGUGAACAAGCAUCUGGCUGGCGUGGUUGGCUACAUGCCUUCAGUGGACGAGACCUCGUCCAUGUCUGGUCAGACGCCUAUCAAUUCUCCUCGUGAGGUCAAGAACAACGACAAUUUUGAACUGGAACGCGAGGUCGAUGCCUCGAUGGCGUCGUCCACAAAAGAGCUGAAUGCCUGCAACAUCUCGGAGGCCGGAGCGCUGUUUAAACAGGAGGCACUUGUCCGAGAAGCUACCGUCACUACCUCCAUGAGUCUCGCUGUGAGAGACGUUGGAAGUGCUGAAAACGUAGCCACGGCUCAACGACACCAGCAUCGCUUCGUGUCGCCUCCGCUUGUGUCUGGAUCGAGGGAUACGAUGCCCAUUCGCCUCCGUCGGAACUCACCGCCGGAAUUGUUUCUACGUGGCUUCGCUCGAGGACACUUUCGAGAACUCUCGAAAGGAGACGUCGGAGGCAACACCAGUGGCUUUGACGGGAUCAAUAUCCUCGGUCGCUCUCCUCCACUUCUCCCACAAUCAGUUGGGGCUCGAGACGACAAGCCCGGUCUUCCUAUCAACCGCACGUUGACUGAACCUCUUGGAGCUGAGGCUCAGAGCAAAGGAGAGCAGCAAGCGACCAGUGCUCCACCUCCUUCGUACAGUGAUCUUGUGCCACGUUCGACACGCUUCUUGACGGCGUUACCGGCUCGCUUGGUGCUCUCGAACAUCGAAAACGCUUUGAAGGCCACCCCUUGUCCACUGCCGUACGAGCAUCCGGAAGUUUUGCAGAAUGUGGCCAUCGAUUGGGACACGUACCAGCUCGAAGUGCGGUAUACUGGUCUCCUGACCUGCACGGUGCAAGUUUUCCUGUUCCAGCGCGGUGUUUAUCUUGUCGAGUUCCGACGUGGCCACGUGGAUAUCUUUCAGUUCAAACGCUUUUACGAAAAGAUCCGUGCGCAGAUCUCGGAAGGUAUAGACGGAGGCUCGGAACGACCUGCACCGGCAUCCCGCAAACGCAACAACUCCGUCUCCGAGACGUUUUAAAGUGAAGACUUCGGUGCCGGAUCCUUAUACGCUCACUCAUCACACAAAUUCACUCCAACGUUUUUCGUUUUUCGCUAGUAAUUACCAAUGUGAUAGUAUUAUUUUACCUUGCUAGAUAAUGAUACCCCACAAUUUAUAGCA